AUGAGCGAUGGUCGCUCUGUAAAUGGUCAGCUGAAGAAGUACGUGUUCCGCGGCAAGUCUACAACCAACGGCGAUACUCGAGGUGAAUAUUUGGAGAUUGUGAUACCGGAGCUUCUCACCGCUGGUUACUCGUUCUACACGUGGCCUUCGGCGCCGCUUCUUGCUUGGUACCUCUGGACGCAGAGAAGACACUUACGCGGGCUACAAGUGCUCGAAUUAGGCUGUGGCACUGGCCUACCUGGGAUUUUGGCCGCUAAGUGUGGUGCUCGUGUCACGUUAACCGAUAGUGUUGCUCUACCUCGAUCGUUGAGGCAUUUAAAUGCUUGCUGUGAAGCUAAUGGACUAACUCCAGGCCGAGACGUGGAAAUUUUGGGCCUUGCGUGGGGCCUGUUUCUUGCAGACGUACAUAACCUCCGUCCAGUAGACUUAUUACUUGCCUCAGAUUGUUUUUACGAACCGACACAGUUCGAGGAAGUGUUAUGCACCGUUGCGUAUCUGCUUGACGGUACUGACGCGCGUUUUUUGUGUUCUUAUCAGGAACGCAGCGGCGACUGGUCGGUCGAAGCCUUGCUGAAGAAGUGGGGACUUAAAGGAUCGCUGCUUGAUUUGGACUCGCUGAGCGAAAGCUCAGGCGUCGACUACAGAGCCUUAAUAGGUGAUCGCUCUUUGCAUUUACUGGAAAUUGUAUCUGCAUAGGUUAUGGCCAGCACCGCGCGCGCAGCCCGCCUGU